AUGAAACCGGCAUCAAGGGCACAACAAGUCGUCGCCGGCACUUCGGCGAAUAAUCGCAGUAUCAGCACCCGUCCUCGACCUCCGAGCAGCUCAGGCACCAUGAUAACUUCCGCAGUCUAUCUACUGUCCAUAUGGGCUGGUAUGGUUUCUGCAGUUUAUAUCUUUCAGCCUGAUAACCACACAACUUGGAAGAAUACUCGGAUCCCUACUAUUAUCGACCCCUCCGAGGACCAAAACUCUGGGUCUUAUUGGACUAGUGCAUUUCUUACCACCACUACAGGGAGACAAUUUCUCCUCAUCCAACACCAAUUUGCCGCCUAUUGCAAGUCCUCCGUCCUUGAUCUGGGUUCACUGGAAUACUGGAAACAUGUGGAUCAUUGCGAGCCCAAUAACGACACGAAGACCGUAACGUCGGAUUCCCUUAGCCUCCGAUUUCCCAACUUUUCGGUUGUCACGACCACACCCGACAAGGUAUCCGGUUUGGAACUCUAUGCUAAAUCGCGGGAUUAUUCCUUCACUCUGAAUGUAGAGUGUAGAACGUCCAAAAUGCUGAUGAAUGGAGGCAACGGUGUUAUCGCUUGGGGAGCUGACCGUGCGCAUUCUAAUACCACUCACUGGUCCAUACCCGCCGCCCGAACAUCCGGAUUGCUCACACUCGGCAAAAGCAAACCUUUGGCCCUUGACCCGGCCAAGUCGUUUGCAUAUUAUGACCAUCAGAAUAUAUUCGGUGGUGCCCCGAAUAACUUCACUUGGUUUGAAGCUCACUUCCCCAACCCGAAUAUACGAGUUAGCAUUUGGGCGUAUGACUGGGCAGACUCCUCUGACGAAUGGAGGUACGCAACUGUACGUGUUGGUGACGAGACUAUGAUGGUGCUGCCGUACACAUGGCAGGUGGAUUGGGACGAUACCUGGGUGUCCGGUACAUCGAACCGUACGUACCCUCAAAGAUGGACAUUGACGUUUGAAAAUGGGGAUUAUUUGACUUUUAAGUCGGUAAAGAAAGAUCAGGAGAUGCUGGAGGGAACUUGGACAGGAUUUGCCACGAUCGAAAGCAGAUUUAUGGGUCAGACCUCCGGUUUUGGGAUUGUCGACCAAGUGCAUGUGUCUCGUGCGAGGGCUAACCUCUCAUAA